AUGGCUAGCGAUCCAGCCCUGAGUCGACGACUGAGACGUGUCAAACAUAUCAUACUGGUCCUCUCAGGCAAGGGCGGAGUGGGAAAGUCAUCGGUCUCAGUCCAACUAGCGCUAUCACUCCUCAACCGAUCCAAGGAUGCCAAGGUCGGCCUGCUGGAUAUCGAUCUCACCGGACCAUCGAUCCCCCGGAUGCUCGGCCUCGAAGGCCGCUCGGUCUUGCAGUCCACCGACGGCUGGGUGCCUGUCCAGACCACCUUCAACGAGCCUUCUUCCGACCCCGGAAACCUCUCGUCUGCUGACCAGCAAACAUUGAAAUGUAUGAGCAUCGGCUUCCUGCUCAACAACCCACGAGAUAGCGUCGUCUGGAGGGGCCCUAAAAAGAAUGCGAUGAUCCGCCAGUUCUUGGUCGAUGUCAGUUGGGGAGAGUUAGACUGGCUCAUUAUCGACACCCCACCAGGCACAUCCGACGAGCACAUCUCUCUCUUAGAGCAGCUUUCGCCCCUUCUGACCCACCAAGCCACACCGUCACCAGCCCCUGGGGAGAUCCUCCCAAGCCUCUCGUCAGUCCUAGUCACGACUCCGCAAGCAGUAUCUCUCCUAGACGUGUCGAAAGAGUACGAUUUCACGAAGAAGACCGGGCUGAGGGUCGUCGGCUUGGUCGAAAACAUGAGCGGCUUCCUCUGUCCACAUUGCGACGAGAUCCAGAACAUCUUCGGGAGCGGCGGCGGCCUCAGCUUCUGCGAGAAAGUCUCGAGCCAAGCCGGGCCCCUCGAUCAGCAACCUCAACCACUAACGUUCCUCGGCAAAAUCCCGAUCGAUGUCGACUUUAUGAAACUCAUGGACCAGGCUACCGACCCCAAUAAUCAGCCACUUCCCCCCUCUGAUCCUACGACUCCCUCCUCUUCCCCUGUUAACACUAACUCUCUCCUCAUCAGCCGCUACUUCGAAACCAGAACCUCGAAGAUCUUUGCCGAGAUCUCUGAACGCAUCUACAUUCUUUGGAACCGCAACCCCCCCAAAAAACAUGGAAGACAAGCCCGAAGGAUAUCAACACGAGAACACAACUAA